AUGCAUGGAGGCAAUCAGACUGGGGUCUCUGACUUCCUCCUCCUGGGGAUCUCAGAGAAUCCUGAGCAAGAGCGGGUCCUGUUUUGGAUGUUCCUGUCCAUGUACCUGGUCACGGUGGUGGGAAAUGUGUCCAUCAUUUUAGCCAUUGGCUCUGACUCCCGCCUGCACACUCCCGUGUACUUCUUCCUGGCCAACCUCUCCUUCACCGACCUCUUCUUCGUCACCAACACAAUCCCCAAGAUGCUGGUGAACCUUCAGUCCCAGAACAAAGCCAUCUCAUAUGUGGGGUGUCUGACCCAGCUCUACUUCCUGGUCUCCUUGGUGACUCUGGACAACCUCAUCCUGGCCACGAUGGCAUAUGACCGCUACGUGGCCAUCUGCCGCCCGCUCCACUGCGUCACAGUCAUGAGCCCUGGGCUCUGUAUUUUGCUCCUCACCGCAUGUUGGGUGCUUGCUGUCCUCUAUGGCCUCAUGCUCACCCUCCUCAUGACCAAGGUGACUUUCUGUGGGUCCCGGAAGAUACACUACAUCUUCUGUGAGAUGUAUGUCCUACUGAGGCUCGCAUGUUCCAACACUCAGAUCACUCACAUAGUGCUGAUUACCACAGGCAUCUUUAUCUUCCUCACUCCCUUUGGGUUCAUGAUAGUGUCCUAUGUCCGGAUUGUCAGAGACAUCCUCCGAAUACCCUCAGCUUCCAGCAAAUACAAAGCUUUCUCCACCUGUGGUUCCCACCUGGCUGUGGUCUCCCUCUUCUAUGGGACCCUUUGUAUGGUAUAUCUGCAGCCCAUCCAAACCUACUCCAUGAAGGACUCAGUAGCCACAGUGAUGUAUGCUGUGGUAACGCCCAUGAUGAACCCUUUCAUCUACAGCCUGAGGAACAAGGACAUGCAUGGGGCUCUGGGAAGGCUGUUUCAAGGGAAAGGCUUUCAGAGGUUGACAUGA